UGAUCGUAGUGCUCGGUGGUGUAACGAAACAUGCGCUGUACACUGCUGUCGAUCGGAUUUGGUCAAAACAAUGAUUCAACAAACGAAAAUGCGGCUUUGAACGAUUUGCAGCAUCAUAGUGAACGUUGACCGCUAUCGCCCAUGCAUCCCAUGUCGGGUGCUUAUCAGCCAUAGCCCUAGCGCCGUUAUCAGAGAUUACAUAUCGCCCUGUCCCGGGGCUCUCCGUUCGCUACGCUUCGAGGCCUUUCGCGUGCGUAAUAAUAAUCGUCCGUAGUCAAGCACAGUGCAGCAUGGAACCGCAUCUACGGCUCGUAACUGGAUCCAUCGAUCGCGUUUUCACGGGACGGCAACCGUGGCAAAUCGUGGCCAUCACGACGACCACCGUCCUGAGUGCCGUCUGGCUGUGUCAGGUGUUGUUCCAGGAUGAGAGCCUGUACAGCCGUGCGAAGAAGAAGGUGUUCAAGCUGGCCCGCCUCAUACCGCAGGUGCGUCGCCGAGUGGAGGAAGAGAUCGACAAGAUCAACGAUGGGUUCGUGAAGGACAUUAGCCAGAAGGGUGCGUACUACACCGAGCUGCCAGGCGAUGGGCUAUCCCCGGAGGCCAUCAUUGCCAAAGUGGACGAAUAUCUCGAGCUGGGACACUACCGAUGGAAGGAGGGUUACAUCUCCGGUGCCGUGUACUACUACAACCCGGAACUUAUCAAACUGGUGACGAGUGUGUACGGUAAGGCGUCCUACACGAAUCCACUCCAUCCGGAUGUGUUCCCGGGUGUGUGCAAAAUGGAGGCGGAAGUCGUUCGCAUGACGGCUACACUGUUUCAAGGCGGAGCAAGCGCUUGCGGUACCAUGACGACGGGUGGUACGGAAUCGAUCAUGAUGGCCUGCAAAGCGUAUCGAGAUUAUGCGCGCGAAACGCGUGGAGUGACGACACCGAACAUGGUGCUCCCCGUGACGGCCCAUACGGGGUUCGAUAAGGCGGCCCAGUACCUGAACAUCUUCUCAAAGGUGGUACCGGUCGAUCCGGUCACGACGGCCGUGGACAUACGUGCGAUGGAGCGUGCCAUCAAUCGCAACACCGUAAUGCUCGUCGGUUCGGCGCCAAAUUUCCCGUACGGUACGAUGGACGACAUCGAGGCGAUCGCUGCUCUGGGCCGCAAGUACAACAUUCCCGUACACGUCGACGCCUGUCUCGGUGGGUUCCUGAUUGUGUUCAUGAAGCGUGCCGGCUAUCCGGUGCCUCCGUUUGACUUCCGUGUUCCCGGAGUGACGAGCAUUUCGGCCGAUACGCACAAGUACGGCUACACACCGAAGGGUUCGUCGGUGGUGCUCUACUCGGAGAAGAAGUACCGACACCAUCAGUACACGGUGACGACCGAUUGGCCAGGCGGUGUUUAUGGGUCUCCGACGGUGAACGGAUCCCGUGCCGGUGGUAUCAUUGCCGCUACCUGGGCCACUAUGAUCAACUUUGGACUGGAUGGUUACGUGGAGGCAACGAAGCGAAUCAUCGACACCACGCGCUACAUCGAGCAACAGUUACGAGCGAUGAAGAAUAUCUUUAUCUUUGGUACCCCGGCUACCAGCGUGAUUGGAAUCGGAUCCAAAGACUUUGACAUCUUUCUGCUGGGCGGUGAGCUCAACAGUUUGGGAUGGAAUCUAAACUCCCUGCAGUUUCCCUCAGGCAUCCACAUCUGCGUGACGUACAUGCACACGGAGAAUGGAGUGGCGCAAAAGUUUGUCGACGAUGUUCGCACAAAAGUGGCCUUAAUCAUGCAAAAUCCCACGAAGCCUGUCGAGGGCAAGAUGGCUAUCUACGGCAUAGCUCAGUCCCUGCCAGAUCGUGCGCUUAUUGGCGAUUUCACGCGUUGCUUCAUCGAUUCCAUGUAUUACACGCCGAUCGACAAGAAGGCAACCAAGUAGUAGGCGGUGGCGACGGCGGCGACAAUCCUCCGGGAGCUCAAGACUCACCUCACAUACACGAGACUUGCAUCUUAAAGAGAAUGCAUAUGCCAUUCCAACCCCUUUUUCAUUGACGCUCAUUUCAUGAAGUUUGUAGUUCCAUACAGUGUAAACGAGUGUUUGUAAAACAUUCACAGAUCAUACUAUAUCGUGUAUUGUUUGUUGAAUAAAUGGCUGCUAUAGAGCAACG